AUGAGCAAACGUGAGUUGUUAUCCUCCAAUCAGUUGUAUCAUUCGAAUGGUGGUAUAACGAAUCGAGCGUGGUGUGUUCGAUGGAACCAUAAAGGAGGCGUGUUGGCGAGUUGUGGCGAUGAUAAAAACAUCAAGUUGUGGAAAUUAACCGAAGGUGCACCACCCUAUGUGAAGUAUUCGUCAACACUGAGUGGUUCACAUUCGAGAACGAUUCGUAGUGUUGCGUUCUCGCCAUCUGAUCAGAUGUUGGCGUCGUGUGGUUUUGAUGCAGCGAUUGUUUUGUAUGAAUUGAUCGAUAAUGAGUACACUGAAGUGGGGAAAUUGGAAGGUCAUGAAAAUGAGGUGAAGUGUUGUGCGUUCUCACCAAGUGGUGAAUUUCUAGCAUCGUGUAGUCGAGAUAAAAGUGUAUGGUUUUGGCAACUAGAUGAGGAUGAGGAUUUUCAAGUGGCGUCAAUUUUACAGCCACAUACACAGGACGUGAAAUUUGUUGUAUGGCAUCCGAACGAAGAGUUAUUGGUGUCGUGUAGUUACGACUGCUCAAUCAAAUUCUUCAAAUACGAUGGCGAUGAUUGGAUCACACAACAGAAGAUCGAUUCGGCACAUGGGUCCACUGUAUGGUCAGCGGACUUUUCGGCUGAUGGCGAAUCGUUGGUAACCGUAGGCGGUGAUUCUGUGAUAAAGCAUUUUGAAGCUGCCGAUUUUGUAAUUGAAAAGUUGCUUCUAACUUUUGAUAAUCUAUCACCAGAUUGUCAGAUAUGGGAACGAGAGAAACGCAAUAUGCCAAUAACGUCAAGUCACUGGCAUUGUGUGUGCUCAUAUAAAGCGGAUACUAGAUGGCCUCUUUAUACGGUCUCGUGGAAUCACUUCAAUAAUAUAAUUGCUGUUGGUGGAGGAGACCAGAAUUUAAGGUUGCUUCGGGUCGAAGAGGGCGCUGGUGAUGGACAGAUGCGAACACUGGUCGAGUAUGGAGCGAAACGAAAGUUCGCAUCUGAAAUCAAUUCGCUUGCUUGGAAUCCACACGAUGCGAAUCUUUUGGCGCUGGCCGAAGAUACCGGUCAAAUUCAUAUUGUGAAUCUUGUGGAUAUGUAA